AUGGUUGCCACAGCUGCUGCAGUCGGAGGUGCCAACAGCCCUUCUGUCUUCGAACGACGAUUCGAUUUGGAUGGACAAGGCUGCAGCGACAUUCAGUGGACGGUCGACAUGGACAAUCGUGAAUUGCUCCUCAGUUGGAAAAGCACUGCUGGCGCGGAAUGGACAGCGUUUGGUAUCACGAACUUUGGAACCAUGAAGGGGGCCGACAUGGCCGUCGUCAAGUACAUGUACGACAACACUGAUAGUGGCGGUUCGUUUAUGGUCGAAGACCGGUACUCGAAGAAUGCAUCCAUGCCCCAGCUGGACGUGCUUCAGAAUGUCGAGCUUCUAUCUGCUGAAUACGACCAAGAUGAUCGAAUGGUUGUGGUCAUCCGCAGACCUCUCGAUUCCUGUGACAGUCACGAUAUCAAGGUGGAACCACACAAGCAGUACAUCAUCUGUUCUUCGGGUCAGUUGGAAGGAGAAGAAUUGUCCUACCAUGGUCCGGCUCGCUCUUCCGGGGUGGUAAACUUUAUGGUGGAUGAGGACCUCUUGUUCGACCAAGGCUUUGAAACUCCUUUGGCAAACUCAACCAAGAUGGAAUUGUCGGAUGGUGUCCUUGCCCGUGGCAACGUCGACACAGCCACGUCUCCGUUUCCGGUCGAUAUCCAAAUGCGGGGUCUGAAGCUAGAUCCUCAAGUUGUCACGCAUUACGUUUGCGCCACAUUUGACUUACCAAUGGAUCUUCGAUUCGCCUCCGUGGAAGACGUUUGGGAUGAUGGCCGUACAACGAAUGGCUCCGACACGAACUCGGUCUUUCAUCACAUGCACUUACACUACUGCGAUGACCCAGAGCUCGUGGAACCAGAACACCAAGACGGAACUCCAUGGGAUUGUUUUGAUAAAAUGCCUCGAUGUGGAAUCAAGGCGUCCUAUGCCAAAGGAACUGGCAAAAACACGGUUCCUUCCGGUCUACACUUUGAAUUGCCGAAAGGCAAGUACAUUCUGCAAGUGCACUACGAGAAUCCUUUCCACAAACCAAUUGUCAAUGAUCGCACAGGUAUGCGAGUUUGGGUGCAGCCACCGGCUCUCAUGACAAGAACUUCUUCUGCUGGGUUGCUCCAGUUUGAUGCGCUGCAUGAUUCCAUACACAUUCCACAAGAUCCAGAGCAAAAGGAACUGACCUUUCAAUUCCAAAUCUCAGCGGACGCGACCCGUGAAUACGUCCCCGACGGUGGCGUUUUGGUUUUUGGUUCACUCUUCCACAUGCACUUGCUGGGGUCCCGUGGUCGUGUCGAGCUGAUUCGCGAUGGGGAGCGCAUCCAAACUGUUUAUAGGAGCAUGUCCUAUGAUUAUGAUCGACAGGUGCCCGACUGGAACCGAUGGCGCCUCAUGCCGGGAGAUGCAGUCGUCAUCACAUGCACUUUCACACCUCUAAAGGAUCAAGAUGUCCAUGGUGGCUUUCGGACACUGGACGAAAUGUGUGGGGUACACAUGGGCACUGCGCCAGGAAUACCCAAUCUGGCUCGAGCCAUGGGAGCUUUUGUGAAACCCAACGAGCCCUUCUUAAACUCUUUCAUGGGUCCCGCUGUCGUCAACGCCCGAAUGUUGAAUUACAGCUCUUACAAUUUCUUGCCCAACCCAGCCGAUCGCAGUUAUGACACCAAGACCGGGUUCGGCGAGAACCUUUGUCAUACAAUGGUCCGCGCCAAGAUGCAUCCGUCUACCUUUGAAUUCUCCGACGCUGCCUUGUGUGCACAGUUGGUCAUGUUAGGUGCUUUCUUUUUCACCCGCUUGCUGUCGUGGAGGCCAGUGGCAAAACAACUGUGCAUUGAUAGCCCAGAUCGACGCACACGAAGAAACUCCAUUGUAUACAUUGGUGAGCUCUUGUUCAGCUCUGUAGCAUUGCCAAUGGCAUGCGUCACGCUUGUACAAAUGUUCCCCGACAACGGAUACUACAAUGCAGUAGACCCCAACACGUACAGAUUCAUGCGUGGCCUUGUGACGAUGCAAUGUAUCCUCUACAUCCUGGAGCUCUUCUACAGGAUCCAAGUCCGCGUUUCGCUGGUGAUGCAUCAUGUGCUGACCGUUUCUGCCACGAUCGCGAUCUAUGCAUUGGAGAAUCAUACGUACAGUGAUGUUGCAUACAAAUUUGGGUCGACCCUGCUAUUGCUGGCAUUUACAGAGCAACCACUUUACAUUGUGUUGCUGCUAAGGAAUAUUGGAUACCGAGAGAGAAACCCAAAGGGGUUUAGUCGGAUGUGCAAGCUGUCCACGGCUGUGUUCAUUGCUUCCCGCAUAGUUGUGAUUGGGCUCUUGAUUGCUCUGGUGAUACAACAGUCUGACGAAUCUUCUUCUGCCUGGCGAGUGCGAAACGAGAGCUUCUCGGAAUGGUGGAAUCGUUCCGACUCUGCAGUCAGCCCAGCGUUUGUCAAUGGUAUCACGCUCACACUGACUUGUGGUAUCCUUUGUGCCAACGUAUUUGCGGCCAAAGCUUUGUUACACAUGGCAAAGACCAAGAAGAACAUCGAUUCCCAAUCGGCGGAGAAGGAGGACGUUGAAGUAACGAAGGAGGUAGAGACACGCCCGACCUCGUCAGCAGUUUCCUCCGACGAAUCGAUCUGUCGUUCCGUCGAAGUGGACUAUGCAGUUUAG